UUUGCCUUUCCACGUGUAUUGGGGCCCAAGUGAUGUUACAAGGUGCACCGUGCCAUGCACUAUCCGUCAAAGAAACGCGGGAGCUCCUGUCGCUACACCCAUGGUAGUGUUAACCUUUUCUCCUCGCAUAGCAAACAUCCUGCAGUUUGGGCAUAGCGCACUCUUGGGACUACGUACAGUGCCUUAUAAGUUGUCGAUUUCUUUGGUCCCAAUACAGACUGGUCGUCGCUUAAUCAACUGAUGAACCCCCCUGCUCACCGGUCAAUCUGGGCUUGCAGAUAUAGCCGGCCUUGUGGAACUCCACGUGUUACCGGGAACCGGGUCCAUAUGCACGCCGCCUUCACCGGUAUCUCAAUCCACGUUUGCAUAUCAUCGCUUUCGCCAAACCACCACGCAUCUGCUCCGCAACCCAUCCCCCGGGUACCUACCGGGCCCGGCUCGGACAAAUCACCCCAGACGGUGCGAAGGAUGACGACGGGACCCCUCUGGGGGCUACAGUGUAUUGUACUCGAUCAUCAGGCGCCACCUGAGCGACCCAAGAGCUGGCGAGUUCAAGGCUCUGAGGCGUUUGACUUUCUCGUUCAUUUAUCUUUGUCUACUUCCUUCAGAACGCUCGUAUCCACCAGUGUUGCAGGGCAACUGAUCCGAGAGUUAUGGUUGGCACUGUCUCUGCCAUGCACCAUGCAUGGUUCGACGGGGACUUGCCGAGUUGGGACAAAACUUAACUAGAUACUUACCAUGUCCGACUGCGUAUCUUGUCAGCUAGGUUCUCUUGGACGGAGGCUUUGCGGCCGUGGAACUGAAGAUAGAGUGGAUUUCGGCGCUGGCAUCAUACCAUCAGGGGCGCGAGCUGUUUUAUA